AUGCACGACUCAAGGACCAUUCCAGAAGCCUGCAGGCCCCCACAGGUGCUAGGCAAAUGCGGUAGGACUGAUUUGGGACUCCCUCUACCCACCUUUGACACCGCCACGCCCGCCCGGCAGGCCGGCCCUAUGCCCCCGACCCGCUCAGGACAUCGCCGACCCAAUCCCUGGCGGCAGCAGAGCCACGUUAUUGGGUUUUUUCCCGUCGCUCAUUGGGCUCCAGCCAAUCAGCGUCGUCUGCGCCAGGCCGGCAACGCCCCGAGCGGCGGGCGCUGGACGGCCGCGUGGGAACACCUGGAGGGCUUGUUCAACCUCGCGACGCCGGACUCCACCCCGGAGUCUCUGAUCUUGCAGAUCUGCGCCGAAUUUAGCAUCUGGACCAGGGAAGCUGGCGCCGGGGGCCUGGCCAUUGCUGUCGAGGGCCCCAGCAAGGCCGAGAUCUCCUUCGAGGACCGCAAGGACGGCUCCUGUGGCGUGGCCUAUGUGGUCCAGGAGCCAGGUGACUACGAGGUCUCAGUCAAGUUCAACGAGGAGCACAUCCCUGACAGCCCCUUCGUAGUACCUGUGGCUUCUCCGUCUGGCGAUGCCCGCCGCCUUACUGUUUCUAGUCUUCAGGAGUCAGGGCUAAAGGUCAACCAGCCAGCCUCUUUUGCAGUCAGCCUGAACGGGGCCAAGGGGGCGAUCGAUGCUAAGGUGCACAGCCCCUCGGGAGCCCUGGAGGAGUGCUAUGUCACAGAGAUCGACCAAGAUAAGUAUGCCGUGCGCUUUAUCCCACGGGAGAACGGUGUCUACCUGAUUGACGUCAAGUUCAACGGCACCCACAUUCCUGGAAGCCCCUUCAAGAUCCGAGUUGGGGAGCCUGGGCACGGAGGGGACCCGGGCCUGGUGUCCGCCUACGGAGCCGGCCUGGAAGGUGGUGUCACAGGGAGCCCAGCUGAGUUCAUCGUGAACACAAGCAACGCGGGAGCUGGCGCCCUGUCCGUAACCAUUGAUGGGCCCUCCAAGGUGAAGAUGGACUGCCAAGAGUGCCCUGAGGGCUACCGGGUCACCUACACCCCCAUGGCACCUGGCAGCUACCUCAUCUCCAUCAAGUACGGUGGCCCCUACCACAUCGGGGGCAGCCCCUUCAAGGCCAAAGUCACAGGUCCCCGUCUUGUCAGCAACCACAGCCUCCAUGAGACAUCGUCAGUGUUCGUGGACUCCCUGACGAAGACUGCCAGUGCCCCCCAGCACGGGGCCCCAGGCGCAGGUUCCACUGACGCCAGCAAGGUGCUGGCCAAGGGCCUGGGGCUGAGCAAGGCGUACGCGGGCCAAAAGAGCAGCUUCACGGUGGACUGUAGCAAAGCAGGCAACAACAUGCUGCUGGUAGGGGUGCAUGGCCCCCGGACACCGUGUGAGGAAAUCCUGGUGAAGCAUGUGGGCAGCCGGCUCUACAGCGUCUCUUACCUGCUCAAGGACAAGGGAGAGUACACGCUGGUGGUCAAGUGGGGUGACGAGCACAUCCCAGGCAGCCCCUACCGUGUCCUGGUACCCUGAGCUCUGUGCCUGUGCCAGCUGGCAGCUCCCAGGAUGAGAAGUGCUCCCACACCCAUCCCCCCAACCUGAGCAGCCCCCCCUGGUCUCCUUGGCCCCGGAGCCCCAGCCGGCCCUGGCCGCCCCAUCACUGCAGCCACCCCAGCCCUGCGUUGCACUCACCUGCCUCCACAUGGGCAAAGGAGAGAGGCGAGCAGAGGUAGCCCUUUGGUGGCUCCGCCUGUCUUCUUUGGUUCUGGGAGGGGUGGGGGGGUACUAUGCACGACCACCCGCUAGUUCUCUUCCCUAGCCAAGAAGAAUAAAGUUCUGCUUCCAUUCUCCUGA